AUGAAUAACAAUGAUUAUAAUAAUAAUAAUAUGAACCAUUUGAAUAAUAUACCGAAUUUAAAUAUGUCCAUUCCAAACAAUGGGAAUACAUUUAUGGAUAGUAAUGGCAUUCUUAUGAAUAAUAAUAAUUCUCAACAAUAUAAUAUGACGUCAAGUAAUUUAAUUCAGAAUAGUACUUUUCAAAAUGGAUAUAAUGGAAAUAUGGACUUGUCAAAUAUAGGGGGUUCUAAUUUAAAUGUUAAUCCUAUUAUGAAUAAUGUAUCGUUUCAUACAUUUAAUAAUAAUAUGGAUAAUUCUUAUAAUAAUUUACAAGCUUAUAAUAAUAUGCAAACAUAUAACAAUAAUAAUAUGCAAACAUAUAACAAUAAUAAUAUACAAACAUAUAACAAUAAUAAUAAUAUACAAACAUAUAACAAUAAUAAUAAUAUACAAACAUAUAACAAUAAUAAUAAUAUACAAGCUUAUAAUAACCAAUCUAAUUUAUCAGCGUCACUUAAUUUUAAGUCCACACCAAAUUUAUUUUCUGCUGAAAAACAAAAUGUUUCCAUUUUUGGAAACAGAUCAAGUAAUACUCCACUGUUUCGUAAUAAAUCUGUGGUAGAAAAAAAAAAAGAAAUAAACAAUUUCAGAUUUAGUGAUUAUGUUAGUAAAGACAAAUCUAUUUUUGGUAAUAGACUGAAAGAGGGUAAAUCUCUUUUUUCUAAUGCCAAAGGACAAAAUAAUAUUUCAUCAUAUAAUCCUAAUAAUAAUAAUAAUAAUAAUAAUAUGAUGAUGAUGAUGAAUAUAAAUAAUCAAAAUGAUAAUGGAUUAGCUAGCGUAAAUGCGAAUUUUAUGAAUUUGGGCGGAGGAAUCUCAAAUAAUAAUUCAGCAUCUUUUAUGUAUAACCAAACAAAUAAUCAAAAUAUGAACCUAAAUAAAAAUAUUAAUUAUGAUAUAAAUGGAAGCAAUAAUUUUAUGUAUAAUGAAUUUAAUAAUUCUUCAACUGAUCAUUUAAAAAAUGUUGCAAUGUAUAAUCAAAAUAUAAAUAAUCUUAAUUAUGUAGAUAAUAAUAAUCAGGUUUUUUGUAGCCAAUUUAAUGAUACUAUAUCAGCGAAUUUACAAAAUUAUUCCUCACAGCCAUUUGAAAAUAAUCUUCAACACUUACAAGAAAAAAAUCAGAAUAAUUUAUUAUCAUCAUUCAAUACAACUAAUACGAAUGUAUUAAACUAUGAUAGCUCUACUCAAUAUAAUAAUAAUAAUAAUAUCUUAUUACAUGGAGGAAACUCAUCCUUAAUUAAUCAAACUAAUAAUAUCAAUAAAAACGGUAAUCCAUUAGAUAUGACAAACAAUUUUUCUAAUAACAAUCAUAUUAAUUCAAACGAACCAUUAUUCAAACCAGAAAAUCAAAUAUCGAGUAAUAUAAAUUUAAAUAAUAUGAAUCAAGGAAAUACAUUAAAUAACAAUGAAAUGUUAUUAAAUAAUAAUAUGAAUGAUAAUAAUUUAAAUAACAAUGUACAAACAAAUAAUGAUAAUGCUGACAAUGUGUUCAAUCAAACAGUAUAUACAAAUGAUGAUGAAAUAUUAUUCGAAAAACAAUAUAGAGAAAGUUUUAUAAAUGAUCAAAAACUUACAUUCUUUAAUGAUAAAUUUUUAAAAACUUUAGAACAAAUUAAUAAUAAUAAUCUUAAUAGUUAUAAUGAAAAUAGAUCUACUAUAUAUGACUUCCCAUCUUGUGGAUCUAUUAAUAAUAGCUUGUUCUAUAUAAAUGCUAUUGAAGAGUGCAGAAAAGCAGAACGAUUUGAUGUUUCAGAUGAUGUUUAUCAUAAAAUCGUAUCAUUAAAUAAUACAAAUGAUAUGACUGUUAUCAAAAAUAUUGACAAAAAUAAAAAAAUCCAUUCAAAAGAUCUGGAUUUAGAUAUAUAUUAUCCAUUAUUGUAUGUAGAAAAAAUCAAAUUUAGGCAACCAAAUCAUCAAAUAAAUAUAAGUUUAUCCAAUGUGGAAAAUUUUGAGCCUGGUAAUAUACCCUCAAACAUAUAA